AAUGACGACGGAGUUGGAGCGUAAAAGAUUGGAGAACAUGAGACGGAACGAUGAGAUGAUGGCGGCGCUCAACAUCCGUGCCAAAGCUUCUCUUCUCACUGCCGCCGCAACCAAACGCACUCGAGACAAGAAGGAGAAGCAAAGGAAGCCAGUUGCUGUUGUUGGUAUGCGGAAGUCUCUACGGACUAGAGGUUUGAAUCCAGAUUCCGUUGGCUUACCCUAUUAUAAGUCCUCUUCUCCACCCCAGGAAUCACCAUUGGAUCGUUUUCCCCAGAAAUCAUCAUCGGAUCGUUUAUUGGCUCCUCUGCCCUUUGAUACUGCUGCUUAUUAUUAUCGUGGUGGUGGUGGAGAGGGCUCUCAUAAGCACUUCGUUGAAACUAUGUUGGGUUUUGCUAGUAAGUCUAGGAGUGAUGAUCAUUAUUAUUUGAACAAGGAGGAAGCGUCUGGUGGUGUUAUGACUGAGACUAGCAGCAUUGAGUUUGAAGGGGGUGGUUUUGAUACGGGGGGACCUUUGAGUUUAGAACCGCAUAACGUUGCACAUCUUGUACCUGCGACCAUUUCGGUUUUAAACUUCAUGCCUUGCGACAAUGUUAAGCUCGUUGCUGCAGGUGACAGACUUGGCUAUGUUAGUUUUUGGAAUUUGGAUUCUGAGGAUGAGGAGAGUGAUGGCAUCUAUCUAUUUCAACCUCACACUGCCCCGAUUUCAUCUCUUGUGUUCCAUCAAAACUCUUUCUCAAAGAUGUUUAGCAGCAGCGAUGAUGGUCUUAUACGUUUGAUGGAUGCUGAGAAGUCGGUUUUUGAUCUUGUUUAUUCGAGCAAUGAUGCUAUAUGUUCUCUCUCGCAGAGACCAAAUGAUGAGCAAAGCUUGUACUUUAGUAAGGGAUAUGGAAAGUUCAAUGUAGGGGACCUCCGAGCAGGAAAGUCGUUUUCCUAUUGGGGCUUACAUGGAGACAGGAUAAACACUAUAGACUUCAACCCGCAAAAUCCUCAUGUCAUGGCUACAAGUUCCAAAGAUGGGACUGCUCGCCUUUGGGACUUGAGAAGCAUGGGGCCAACAACAAAACCGAAAACAUUAAGGACUCUGACUCAUUCGAAGAAUGUGCAUUCUGCGUAUUUCUCACCCACUGGCCUUUCACUUGCAACUACCAGCGCUGACAAUUAUAUUGGUAUUCUAAGUGGCGCCACUUUUGAGGAUACUUCCAUGAUAUACCACGAUAACUGUAAUACUAUCAACCAGUGGAACUCCACUUCGAGGGGGGUAUGGGGAUGGGAUGAUUCAUACAUCUUUGUAGGCAAUCGUCUCUCAAAAAGAAUAGAUGUGAUCUCAACGAAACUGAAGAGAACAGUGAAGGAACUGCAUGACCCUCUUAUGAAAACUAUUCCUUGCAGAAUCCAUUGUCAUCCUCUUAAUGUUGGGGUGCUUGCUGGAUCCACGGCUGGAGGACAUGUCUAUGUUUGGACACCAAAGUGACAUACUU